GGGAUCCUAAAUGAAUGACGCAAGCGCUGAGUGCUAAUGCUAAACAAGUAAACCUUCUUCACCGUUUCGUUUCGCCGACAACAAACCGAGGAACCAUUCCUAAUUCCUCAUUCCACACACACACACACACACAUACAUAUAUAAAUACUCUGUUCCUUCCUUCGAUUGCUUUCUCUGUUUCAACAAAACAUUUCGAGUUUCUCCGAAGCAUGCCGGGAUUAACGUGCAACGCUUGCAACACCGAAUUCAAGGAUGACACAGAGCAAAAGUUUCAUUACAAGUCCGAGUGGCAUCGCUACAACCUCAAGCGCAAGGUGGCUGGGGUUCCUGGGGUGACAGAAGCGUUAUUUAUGACUAGACAAUCUGUGAUUGCUCAAGAGAAAAAUAAAUUGAGUGAAACCCCCAUGCUCUAUAGCUGUGGUCUUUGUGGAAAGGAUUAUAAAAGUUUUAAGGCUCAUGCUGAGCACCUUAAAUCGCGUGGCCAUAUGAUGAGGGCUUCUGAAGGAACUAGUCAUGCAGAUGAGAAGGCAAUAAUUAAGCCACUUCCACAACGUGUUGUGAAUAGGCCUCCUCCUAGAAGAGAGGCAGAUAACUCUGAAAAUGAUGAAAGUGAAGAUGAAUGGGAGGAGGUUGAUCCUGAUGAUGAUAUGGUUGAUGAUGCUGCAAAGUCCUUGACUGAUUUGAAUGUGAAUGAGCAUGGUGACAAUGUUGAUAUGGAUGAAGAUGAUGAUGAUGAUUUUGAGGAGUUAGACCCUUCAUGUUGCUUUAUGUGCGAUCAAGAGCACAAAACAAUAGAAGACUGCAUGGUUCACAUGCACAAGCAUCAUGGAUUCUUCAUUCCAGAUGUUGAGUAUUUGAAGGAUCCAAAAGGUCUCCUCACCUAUCUUGGCCUUAAGGUCAAAAGGGACUACAUGUGUCUGUACUGCAAUGAUAGAUGUUAUCCUUUCAGCAGCUUGGAAGCAGUCAGGAAACAUAUGGCAGCAAAAAGUCACUGUAAAGUGCAUUUUGGUGAUGGUGAUGAUGAGGAGGAGAUAGAAUUGGAAGAAUUUUAUGAUUAUAGCAGCAGUUAUGUGGAUGAUCAAGGCAAGCAGCUUGUUGUUUCUGGUGAUGCGGAUAACAAUGUAGAACUUGUUGGUGGGUCUGAACUCAUAAUCACUAGGAAAUCUGGUGAUAGAAUAUCAACCAGAACACUUGGUUCCCGUGAAUUUUUGCGUUAUUAUCGUCAGAAACCUCGGCCAUCACCAGCAAAUUAUAUGGCUGUCACUGCUGCAUUAGCUUCAAGAUACAGGAGCAUGGGUUUGACCACUGUCCAAUCAAGGGAGCAAAUUGUGAGGAUGAAAGUCCUGAAGGAAAUGAAUAGGUCAGGUGUGGAGAAUAUGCGUACCAAGAUAGCGAUGAAGAGUAAUGUCAUCCGGAACUUGCCAAAGAAUGUCCCGUAUUAGUCCUCACGGGUAAUAGUUCACUUAUUUAAGUGGUGAAGCUGUGGUAGUUAUAAGUUUUCCUUCUGAAGUAAUUAUGCAUUUCUUGAUCUCAUGAAUCAUCCAAAAGGUAUCAUCAACAGAUUUAAAGGUACAAUGACACGAUACUUUCUAAUGAGAGGUAUUAUGCGCUAUACUUUUUCUUUGUCGUUAAUGGUAUCAUCAACAUCUGGAUGACAAGGACACUUGGUUCUUUUGGGAGAAAAAGGGAGCUACCAUAUCAUUUCACAGGAACACAUGGAGUUUAUUGAUGAUAUUUAUAGACUUGAAAACUGAGUUGGUAUUUUCAUUUUAAUCCAGAAGGAAUUACAAUUAUCUGUUUUGGUUUUUUCUUUUUUUUCUUUUUUGGUCUGGGGAGGGAGAUGGGUGAUUGAAAUAGUCUACUAUUCUUUCGAUACUAUGCAUUCCUCUUUUCAA